AUGAAGUUUCCACUCGUCCUUGUCUCGCUCCUGCAGCUUGCCGUGGCCUCUCCGGUCGCCCUUGAUGGGAACAACGGAGCCACGACAGGCAGUGGGCUUGUCACUCGUGCAACCGAGGACGAAAAAAUGACAACCAACAUUGUGUUCAACAUCAACCUUGAAGCGUUCGCUAAGCGCCGCAAGAACAAGAACCCGAAGAAUCUCAUCUGGGAGUCCGACAACUGCACCAAGUCUCCAGACAAUCCUCUCAAGUUUCCCUUCGCGGUUGCGUGCCAGCGCCAUGAUUUUGGAUACAACAACUAUCGGAAGCAAAACCGUCUCAGGAAGAACGGUAACAGGAAGAAGAUUGAUGUCAACUUCAGAAAAGACCUCAUGCACCAGUGCGAUGUGCAUAAGAAGUCAAAGUUCAAGUGCAAGGCCCUCGCAUGGGUCUACUACGGCUUCGUCCGUGCGUACGGAGACGGAGGCUCCAAGAAGCGAGACCUGGAUCAUGAUCUUCUUGACCGAGAGGACAGUACUGUUGAGAUAUCACCCAACAUUUCUACUGAUGAGCUGCAGACUGAUCCUUUGUAUGCUGAACCUGACACCGAUACUGCUACUACCCAGGAUGAGUUGGAGGCUGCUUAUGAGAAGUAUUUGGGGGCGUACCAUGCAAGCAAGGAGUAG